UCUCAGCAGUGUUACAGACAGGGCACAAUUCAACAUUAUUUUACAAGAGUUUGGCGUCCACCUCCUGUUUAUUUUCCCAAGGGGGGUUGGUGGAGAUGUCGGUCGUCCUGCUGCAGGCUCUGGAGCGGACAGAGUUGAACAAACUCCCGAAAGGCGUCCAAAACAAGCUCGAGAAGUUUGUAACAGAGUUGCAGAAUGCUAACGAGGCGCUCAGGACGCAGCAUGAGCGCUUCAAAGCGGACAGUGAGCAACAGUACUUUGACAUUGAGAAGAGACUGGCUGAAGGCCAGGAACAGAUCCUGUCUGCCACCAGAGACCUGCAGACCCUCAAGGAGGAAAAUAAAAAACUCAAUGAAGAGCUGAGCACCCUGAAGGGAAUAGAGGGAGAGACCAUUGAAGACAAACCACCGCAACAGCAAACCAAGGCCAAGUAUGAGAUUGAGGCAGAGAAGAGGGAGCUGGCAAGGCUGCUGGAGAAAAGAACACAGGAAGUGGAGAGUCUUACAGAGGAUGUAAAGCGUCUGAAUGAGAAACUGACAGACACCAACAAAGUCAAGAUGGAGCUGCAGUUAAAACUGGAUGAUAUACAGUCGUCUGCAGCAUCUGUACAGCACCGUGAGAAGCGCGUGGAGCAGGAGAAAGAGCUGCUAGAGAAAAAAAUCGAGUGGUUAUCUGCAGAACUGAAGACCAAAACUGAAGAACUGCUGAACACUAACAGAGAGAAAGGCAAAGAGAUACUGGAGCUGCAGGGCAGCCUGAACAGUAGCAAGGAACAGGUGACCAGACUGGAAAGUCAGCUCACUUCUCUGAAGGAAACCAGCGAAAGCCAGAAUAAAAGAGCUGAAGACCUCAACAAUAAACUGAAACAGGCCAAAGAUGAGCAGAGCGCCAUGGAGGAGAAAUACCGUAAUGAGCUCAACGCUCAUGUCAAGUUGUCUUCUCUCUAUAAGGUAGCGGCCUCAGAUAUGGAGACUAAGAACCAAGAGCUGAGCAGAGCAGUGGAAGAGCUCAGCAAGUUGGUUAAAGAGACUGGGGAAGCAAACAAGGCUCUGGAGAAGAAGGUGUCAGAGGGCGAAGAGCUGAAGACACGGCUUGAGGCCGAGCUAAGAGAGAAGGUCAAAAAAAUGGAGAAGGAGUUGGAAAAUGCCACGACGAAGGCUGCAGGCAGACAGUGCUGUGUCCCAUCUCUGACUGAGGAACAGUUGGACUCCAUGUGUCCCUCAGCAGCUGCCAUUGCUGCAAUUGUCAAGCCAGGCAUGAAGUUUUUUGAUCUGUACAAUGCGUAUGCGGAGUGUCAGACACAGCUGCAGCUUGAGAAGCAGGAAAGCAGGAGAGUAAGCAGGGUGCUGGAUGAGAUCGUCCAGGAGGUGGAGUCCAAAGCCCCUGUCCUCAAACGCCAGCGAGAGGAGUACGAGAGCAUGCAGAGGUCCAUGGCCUCUCUGUGCAACAAACUGGAACAGGCUCGAACGGAAAUCUACAGUUUGCAGAAAGAAAAAGACGAGGCCAAGCAGCACUCUGAUGCUUUGGAGAGAGAAAAAGUGAGGACUGAGAGACAGCUUGAGGAUACAUCUGCACAGCUGUGUGCUCUUCUGGUGGAGCUGGAGGAAGCCAGAGGGAAUCAGGUUACCAAGGACGACGACCGCUCUGCUGACAUUUCCAGCACCUCUGAGGUCAUCAGUCCUCGCCAGCUGUCCUUCCGUAGUGUGGAGGAGCUCCAGAGGCAGAAUCAAAGCUUGAUGGGGAGGCUGAGGGAGCUGGAGGAAGAGAAAGACAGACAACAGAGCCAGGCAGCAUCAGCACGCAUAUCAGAGUUGGAGUCCAGUGUGGAUAAACUUCAGACGGAGGUUGAGCAGCUGAAAGAGCAGAGGAACCAGCAGAAACAGCUGGCCGACUCCAGCGCCAGGCAGAGAGACAUGUACAAGGCCCUGCUGACGCAGAGCACAGGCUUCAACUUGCCCCCGCAAGGUCCAGACUCUUCUUCCCACCCCCCGAAUGUUCGUCCUUCUGUCCCGGCUACACGUUCUAUGCCUCAGAGAGCCGUUGCUGCAGAGUCAGCACAGACUGCUCAGACGAAGGCUGCUUUAAAACAGCUCAACGAUGCCUUCACAUUGUAUAAGAAGGAGAAGGCAGAGAAUGACAGGAUGCUGAAUGAAACAAACGACCGGCUGCAGAAGCAACUGACGGAACUGCGCUCCAGCCAGGCCAAGAUGACUUCUCAACUGGAGUUCAACAACAAGAGGUAUGAGAUUCUCCAGGAGACUGCAUCAGCCUACCGCAGAGAGAUCUCUGCCCUACAGGAGAGGAACCAAAAAAUGUCUCUAACAGCCCAACGUCACGAGCACAUCAUCCACACACUGACCCAGGACCUGAGGCAGGCUACUGAAAAACUGGCCCUGGAAGAGGUGCGCGUGGAGAACCUUUCUAAAGAGAGAGAGAUAUUAAGGCAAGCAGAGAGCCGACUCUACCGAGAGAAGGAAGCCAUUCUGGCAGAGCAGCGAAACCAGAACCUGCUGCUGACCAACCUCAAGGCUAUACAGUUGACCAUGGACCGUACCGAGACUGACACUCGUCAGCGUCUGAACAACAAAAUUGAACAACUGGAGGCAGAAGUGGCUUCGAUGAAGACCAGGCUGGAGCAGGAAGUUGCACAGAGACAUGCCCUAGGGCGGACCAUGGAUGCCCAGCUGUUAGAAGCUAAGAAGCAGUUGGAGACCCAGAACACCCUGCAGCAGAAAACCAGGGAGCUGCUGCGUAGCUCUGAACAGCAGGUAGCUGCACUGAAAACGCAAUUGGCGUCUGCUUCCUCCUCCGAGUCUGUUAAUACCUCCAGCAACACAACCACACCAGUCACCAGAGCUGCAGGCCUCCGAGCACCUCUGAGAGUGCGCUCUCCAGUACCAGCAGGCUCCCAGCAGCCCAGCCAAUCAGAGCAGGAGCUCUCAGACUUGAAAGGUCUCCUGCGUAGUGCUGAGGAACAGAACAGUGAACUAGCAGAGCAGCUGAAGAAUGCUAAUGCUACUGUAGAGCAGUACAGAGCCGUGGUGCUGACUCUAGAAGACAGCCUGAAGAAAGAAAAGGAGUCACGGUUCCCCCUGGAGGUCCAGCUAAAGGAGUCACAGGAGGUACAGAAGCAGCUGGAGAAGAGGAUUGUAGAACUGGAGAAAAUUAAUCAGCAGGGACAAGAGGAGAGGAGGAAAGCUGUGGACGCAGUAGAAAAAGAAGUGUCUGAGCUGCAACGUAGUCUGAAGGCCAGCCAGACAGAGCAGCAGGAGGCGCUGGAGAGGGCUGCUGCUGCUGUCACAAUGGAGCAGAAAGCCAUACAGGACAGCCUGCUGCAGACAAAGCUAGCUGGAGAGGCACAGGCCAAGUAUGAGAGGGAGCUAAUGCUUCAUGCUGCUGAUGUGGAGGCUCUGCAAGAGCUGAAGAAAAGAUCCCAACAAGAAGCAGCACGGAAGAGGGAGUUAGAGGAUCAGCUGAGGAAGACGUCCUCUCUCCUCCAGGAAAAAACUGCAGCUUGGAACCUGAUGGAAAAACAGCUGAAGGAGAACCUGUUGGCUCAGAGCCGUCGUUGUGAGGAACUGGGGAAGCAGAAUAGUCUCCUGCAUCAACAGAUGGAUGAAAUGGCCUCCAGGAGUCGGCAGCUGCAACAAGAACACCAACAGCAGCAGCAGCAGCUUGACCUGUCAUUCAGUGAGGAAGGGAAGACCACUGAACAGAUACUAGAAAUUCUCAGGUUCGUACGUCAAGAGAAGGAGAUUGCUGCGGCCCAAUGUGAGGCGUCUGACGGAGAAGCUCUUCGCUACAAACAGCGAGUGGAACACCAAGACAGAGAGCUGAAGGAGCUACAGGAAGCUCUGAAUGCAGAGAGGGAGAAGAUGCAGGCUACAGCAAAGACUCUGGCUCAGCAGGAGGAGCAGCUGAAGAAGAUGGAGAAUAUCAAUGCCCUUCAAGAAACCAACAGGAUGCUGAAAAUGGACAAAGAUAAACUGGAGCAGGAGCUGCAGCAGGCUCAGGCUAAGGUGACAAAGCUCCAGUCAGACAUCAGUCCUUUGCAUCACUCUCUGUCUCAGCUGUCAGAGAAAAAUGGCUCUCUGCAGGCUGAUAAGAGGAUACUGGAGGACGACCUCAAACGGUGGAAGGCCAGAGCACAGCAACUGGUUAGCCAACAGAAAGAAGGCGACGUUGAGGAGAAGCAAAAACUCACCCAGGAGAGAGAGACUCAGCAGAGACGCAUCACACAGCUAGCUGAAGAGACAGCCAAACUGAAGACUGAACUCACCAGAUCUAAUGCCAGCAGUAACUCGGCUCAGUCUCAGCUGCAAGCCCUGAGAGACUCUCUGAUCCGACUGACCUCUGAAAGAGAUGUUCUGAAAAAAGACAUGGAAACAAAAAACAAUGACAUUCUGGAGAAGAACAAGACCAUCACCCAGGUGAAGAAGAUUGGACGGCGCUACAAGACCCAGUAUGAGGAGCUCAAAGCCCAGCAUGACAAGCUGGUCAGUGAAACGGCUGCCAAAGCAGGAAGUGAGGCCUCUACGAGCCAGGAUGCACAGCAGGAGCUGAACAAAGCCCAAGAGGAGCUCAGCAAGACCCGGGAGGAGCUGAACACACUAAAGGAGGAGGUGCAGAAAAAACAGGAGGAGGCCCAGAAAUCGCAACAAGAGUUGGAGGCUGCUCAGAAGGAAACUCAGCAGACCAAGGAAAAAUUCCAGGAGGUCCAAAACCAGCUGACACAGGUCCAGUCCCAGUUGUCCCAAUCCCAGACUCAACUGCAGCAGAAUCAGAACCAGCUCACCCAGAGUCAGAAAGAGCUUCAACAAGCCAAGAGUCAAACACAGCAGGUACAGACCCAGUUGAAGUCGGCUCAGUCUCAAGCUCAGGCCCGUCAGAACCAGAUUCAGCAGAUCCAGAAGGAGCUCCAGCAGGCUAAAGAUGCCCUGCAGCAGAACCUCGCCAAUCAGAAAAAAAUACAGCAGACUCAACAAAGCAGCCAACAGAGCCACAACCAGGAAAUCAACAACCUUAAAUCUGCUCUGAGUCAGGCAGAGAGCAAGGUGACUGAGCUUCAAGGCCAGCUGGACAGCCUGCAGAAGACGGUUGCAGAGCGUGAAACAGACAUCAAGACCCUGCAGCAGCAGCUAACUGAAGCUAGCCAGGCUAGUGAUGCUAGCCAAGCCACACAGGCCAACCAGAACCAGAGUUCUCAGUCCAUCCAGGCCACUGAUGCUAAUGCUGCUAAUGAUGCUAACCAGGCAGUACAAGAGGAGCUGGCAAAACUCAGACAGGAGCUGUCUGAGAGCAAGAGUAGAGAGGAGCAGCUCAAACAGCAGAUGACUGAGAAAGAUGAGAAGACCAAAAAGGUCUUCUUGGGAGCCAAGACCAAAAUCAGCCAGUUAAACAAUGCUAAAGAGCAGCUCAGUCAGGAGAUAGAAGAACUGAAACAGAGUAAGGAAGAACUGGAGGUGAGAAUGAACGCCCUCAAGUCUCAGUACGAAGGACGACUCCUUCGACUGGACAGAGAGCUAAGAGAACUGAGAGAGACACAAACACACUCUGACCCCAGAGAGGAGCCACUGGACCAGAGUGGAGCUAAGGUGGGUGAUCAGGCCAGGUCUGCUGACCAGAGACAAAUUUCUUUGAAGAGUCCUGCUCAAGACAGGGGAAGCUCCAGCUUGUCUGAACCUCCCACUGCCAACAUCCGUCCCACCACAAGUACACCAUCUCCUAGCAAUAAGCCUAGCCCCUCCCCUGGUAGCAAGGCCACGCCUCGUGCCAGCAUCCGACCUAUGGUUACACCGGCAACUGUCCCCAUCCCAACACCUACAGCCACUGUGAUGCCCACCACACAGGCUGACAGUCAAGAGGUGCUGAUGAAUGCAGGAGCUUCUGUGCACUCGACCAGCUCCAGUCUGGGGAACGCCCCCACCUCCAUAACUCAGCCAACCAGCACCCAGACCACAGCUUUUGUACAGCCCACUCAGCAGCAGGCUUCCAGUCAGGGUGCAGGCUCUAGCUCAGAGGCAGAGCGACCAUCUACAUCCUCUUCCCUGAUUGGAACAGGUUCUAAGCGUGUCCGAGAGGAUGAGCAGGAGGAAGAGGAGAGUAGACCAGAGAGUACGCACACGCCUCCGACCACUAAAAAACUAAGACUGAAACCAAAAAUAACACUGCAGAUGGAAGCUGAGGAGGAGAUGGAGGGAGAGCUGAGGGAUGAGGUGGAACGUCAGGAUUCACCAGAUGACAGUCAGGCACUCCCAGAAGAGGUUUUCCCACUUUUAGAAGAUGAUGAGGACAACGAGGAUGAGGGUGUGUCACAGUCUGUCCCUUCUGAUCAGAUGUCCUCCCAGGGCUCAGCCAUAGUUCGUGACGUGAUAGUAAUCGACACAGACAGCGAGAGCCGUGAGAGCAAAGAGGGGGAGAAGCAGGAGGGAGAAGAUGAAGAGGAGGAGGAGGAGGAGGAAGAGGAGGAAGAAGGCGAUGAGUAUAAGGAGGAAGAGGAUGACGAUGAAGAUGACGAUGAUGCUGCUGACAGCCGAAUGAGGGAAGGAGACGAGAGUAAUGAGGAGAGCAGAGAGGCCGGAGAAGAGGAAGAAGGCGAGGAGCCGUCAGAAGGCACUAAUGCUGAGGAGAAUGUGAGUGGAGCGUCUUCAGGCUCCCAGCGUCCCUCCGAGCCGACACACAGCGGUGAAAGCUGCAGUGGUGCAGCAUCAGAGUCUGACCAUCCCAGAGACCCUCUACACCUCCCCCCAACCUCCUCCUGUGCACCCUCCACAUCGUCAUCUCUCACACCCCGCCUGCCCCAUACACGUAGGCCCCCACACGCCCUCCCACCACGGCUCUACAUCCAACCUCCAGCUGCUGAGCUGGGACCCCCACAUUCACAGAGACAGUCUUCUCAGCUCCGACGACCAUCAUCAGGACGUGGACCUCAACUAACCCCAGGAAUAGGCAGUAUGCAGCCUUUCUUUGAUGAUGAUGACAGAAUGGUUCCCAGUACUCCCACUCUGGUAGUACCACACCGCAACGAUGGCUUCGCUGAGGCUAUACAUUCUCCUCAGGUAGCAGGUCUAUCCACCAGGUUCAGGUUUGGACCUCCAGAAGACUUGCUGCCUCAGACAUCAUCCUCACACUCUGAUCUGGGACAGUUGGCCUCUCAAGGAGGUUUGGGUAUGUAUGAGUCUCCUCUGUUCCUGGCUGCUCACGAUGAAGACGGAGGAGGAAGGAGUGUCCCAACCACGCCUUUACAAGUGGCUGCACCAGUGACGGUCUUUACUGAGUCCCUGCCUUCAGAUGCUGGUGACAACAUGGCCUCCCAGUCGGUUCCCAUGGUAACUGCCUCCACUGGGAUGGCCGGUGCUGCCGAUGAUGGUGAUGAGGUCUUCAUGGAGCAAGAAGGGGAUGGGCCUGGUAUUGAAUCUUCCUUGGAGAGUCAAGGAGACAUCGAGUCAGCAGGACAGCAAAAUGAUGACGUAUCCCUGCCGUCUACCAGCCAAGAUCCUGACACGAGCAGUGUUCCUCAGCGCCGCACAAUGACCAGUCAGCUUCUGAUGAGAGGAGGAAGUAGAGGAAGAGGAGAGGCCAGGACUUUUCUCAGCCGUAGAGGAACUUUCUCUCGAGGAGGCAGGGGAGGAGCCAUGGGUAGAGGGGGCAUGGCCUAAUAUUGACAUGACAUGUUGAUUGUGCUCUUUGUUAUCCAAGAAAGAUGGCAAUUCUCAGAUUUCAAAUUCAGUGCAUCCGUAAAUCUGAAUUCCAAUCAAAAUCAUUUAUCACAUUCUUGCAACAGAUGUAAGGUAACCUUGUUUGAGAUAUGAUAGGCCACACUGAGGUCCAGUGAUUUGCUUUAGUUGUUUUUUUUUUGUUUGUUUUACGUGCGUUCAUGAGUAGCCUUGGUUUGCUCUCUUUGUGAGCUGUCUACACCUAUGUUUUAAUAAUAAAGUGGCAUAUUGAGUAAAA